ACGCUCUCGGUAGCUGUUGUGAACAAAACCUUUAAACAGGUCAACAUUCACAAAGCCGCUGGGCCAGGCAGAUUACCAAGAUGUGUCCUCAAAGCAUGCACGGACCAACUGUCAAGUGUCUUCACUGACAUUUUCAACCUCUCCCUGACUGAGUCUGCAAUACCUACUUGUUUCAAGCAGACAACCACAGUCGCUUUGCCCAAAGAAGCAAAGGUAACCUGCCUAAAUGAUUACCGCCCGUGGCACUCACGUCGGUAGCCAUGAAGUGCUUUGAAAGGCUGGUCAUGGCUCACAUCAACAGCAUCCUCCCGAAAACCCGAGGCCCACUCCAAUUCGCAUAACGCCCCAAUAGAUCCACAGAUGAUGCAAUCUCAAUCGCACUCCACACCGCCCUUUCUCACCUGGACAAAAGGAACACCUACUGUAUGUGAGAAUUCCGUUCAUCGACUACAGCUCAGCGUUCAACACCAUAGUGCCCACGAAGCUCAUCACUAAGAUAAGGACUCUGGGACUGAACACCUCUUUCUGCAACUGGAUCCUGGAUUUCCUGAUGGGCCGCCCCCAGGUGGUAAGAGUAGGCAACAAUACGUCUGCCACGCUGAUCAUUAACACUGGGGCCCCUCAGGGUGUGUACUUAGUCCCCUUCUGUAUUCCCUGUUCACCCACGACUGCGUGGCCAAACACGACUCUAACACCAUCAUUAAGUUGGCUGACUACACAACAGUGGUAGGCCUGAUCACCGACAACGAUGAGACGGCCUAUAGGGAGGAGGUCAGAGAACUGGCAGUGUGGUGCCAGGACAACAACCUCUCCUUCAAUGUGAGCAAGACAAAGGAGCUGAUCGUGGACUACAGGAAAAGGCGGGCCGAACAGGCCCCCGUUAACAUUGACUGGGCUUUAGUGGAGCAGGUCGAAAGUUUCAAGUUCCUUGAUGUCCACAUCACCAACGAACUAUCAUGGUCCAAACAUACCAAGACAGUCGUGAAGAGGGCACGGGAAAAAGAAAAUCCCCCUCAGGAGACUGAAAAGAUUUUGCAUGGGCCCCCAGAUCCUCAAAAGGUUCUACAACUGCACCAUCGAGAGCAUCCUGACCAGUUGCAUCACCGCCUGGUAUGGCAACUGCUCAGCAUCUGACUGUAAGGCGCUACAGAGGGUAGUACCCAAUAUAUAACUGGGGCCAAGCUUCCUGCCAUCCAGGACCUAUAUAAUAGGCGUGUCAGAGGAAAGCCCAUAAAAUUGUCAGACCCCAGUCACCCAAGUUAUAGACUGUUUUCUCUGCUACCGCAUGGCAAGCAGUACCCGAGCGCCAAGUCUAGGACCAAAAGGCUCCUCAACAGCUUCUACCCCCAAGCCAUUACUCUAUCCCUGCACACUGACUUGGUACCGGUGCCCCCUGUAUAUAGCCUCGUUAUUGUUAUUCUUAUUGUGUUACUUUUUAUUAUUACUUUUUAUUUUAGCCUACUUGGUAAAUAUUUUCUUCUUGAACUGCACUGUUGGUUAAGGGCUUGUAAGUAAGCACUACACUUGUUGUACAAAGUCUACACUUGUUGUAUUCGGCGCAUGUGGCAAAUAAGGUUUGAUUUGAUUUGAAACUAUGUCUUUACAGGUAUCGUAGGCACCAAACACACAGCACCACUUCAUGUGGCUCUUAAAAACCUGCUUUUAUAUCUACAGCUGUCAAUCAAUCCCCUCUCUAUUUCUACCUCUUAACUCUCUCUCUCAACACACUCUCACACGGACACAGAUACAGCACAGACACUGACAAAGAAAGUGUUGUUAUGACAGACCUCAGGAUCAAUGAGCUCAGGGUCGACGAAGCAGACACAGAAGCCAGCAAUCACUCGAGUGAAGAAGAGAAUGAGGAUUGGAUUAAACCUCUUAUUUACCAGUCCCAGGGGGCCAAAGAGUUUGCCUACUGUCCCUACAGCAAGUUCCGGGUGGGGGCAGCCCUGUUGGCACAUGAUGGAACCGUUUUCACAGGAUGCAAUGUAGAAAAUGCAAGCUACAACCUUGGUCUCUGUGCAGAGAGAACAACUAUUGCAAAAGCUGUUUCCGAGGGAUACAGACGUUUCAAGACUAUUGCCAUUGCCAGUGACCUGGAAGACCAGUUCAUCUCACCAUGUGGAGGUUGCAGACAGUUCAUGCGAGAGUUUGGUGAUCAGUGGUCCGUGUACCUAUCCAAGCCUGAUGGGUCUUAUGUGGAAAUGACUGUAGGAGAGCUGCUUCCUGUGUCAUUUGGACCUGAAGACCUGAAGAAAAAGACCAUGUUCACUACACAGAAUGGGUCAUAAUAGUAUUCACAAGACAAGAUGAAAAACAGGAAUCAUUCAUAAGUCCAUGAAAUGUCAAUAACCCCUAGCCACAUACAUGAAGAAUGUUAGACUUCCAAUAAGACUACUAGACAAUUUAUUAGUAUUAGAUAAUGCCAGUGGAUAUUGACUUGUGUCUCAGAAAUUAGGAAAAUGACUCAAUGUGUUUUCUAACAAGUGUUGGAAAUACAGUAGAUUACAUCAAAUUAUAUUUGGCUACACAGCUCACUAUUACUAUUUGCAUGUGUAUGACUAUUUGCAAGUAUCAAUGUUAAAAAUACUUGAUAUAUUACUCAAAAAUAUUAAAGUGCUUUAGGACAAUUGAGUAAAGUUUCAAUCGUUUUUAGGCCUAUUUGCAUAAUUUGCUGACGCCGGUAAAAUUGUAAUUGUAGCACUUUCAAUUGUCUCUUUAAUCAUAAAACAGGUCAAGUAACAAAAUAACGUCCGGUGACUGUAACAAGGAUGCCUCUGUAUGUUCUAGUUCGUUUACAUAACGAUUUGUCCUUGUGGAUCUUAUGAACGACGAGGACUGAUGGAGAAAGUAUAAAACUUGCUUUAUUGGUAAAGCAUGUCUGUAAAACAUGCCAUCAGCAGAGGGGUGGAGUUGGAACGGUCAGUUUUCCAGUUAGGUUACUAAACAGCAAAGUUCCAAGGUGAGUGUCUUUGUGUAGGACAACCAGUCCACACCGUUCAGCCUCAAACUUUCCUACCAGUUCGGUACCGAUAUUACCACACGUUGUUGAGUGAUAUUGCUACGCAGCUGCAGUCCGGUGGAUUCAGGAGGUUUGGGGAGCAACGGUUUGCCAAGAAAUAAAGUGGUGCUUUUGGUGUGGGGUGGGUUUGAUUCAACGACAAAUGUAGUGCUGUGACAUGCCAGGAAAUCCAGGUAAAUAACAACAUGGCUUUAGGCAGCAAUUAUAUACAAUAAAAAUAGCUGUAGUUAGUUAUAGCCGAGCUCCGUAGUAAGAUCACUGCAAUGGAUCGAACACUGGAGUGAAGUCUUAGCUAGGCAGCACGUUGAUUAACUAGCAGAUUUGAGGUCAUACUAAAUGUCAUACUUCCUUUUGAUAGUUCAGAAAUUGUAGAUAGAACUUGUUUAAUCAACUUGUAGCUAUGAAAAAAGAUUGCCUAGUCAUAACAUAUCUGUUCCAGCUGUCUGAAAGGCGUUAAUAGAUACUGUUUGGCGUAGAAGAUAAUUUUCGGCCAACAUUAUUAACUUGUCGAUACUUCCUCAAUUCCCGAAAAUUCUCUUCUAAGCCAAACAGUAUCUAAUAACGCCAAUCAGAUAGCUGGACAGAGUAAUGGUCUGGCAAUAUUUUUAAUAGCUACAAGUUGAUCUACAAGCAGUGGAGACCCAUCAUUUUGGCUGCACCACCUGUUAUGAAACCCACAUUUAUUUGGGCUUGCCUGUUUUGCAUGUUAUUUUGGCAUUAAUAUGUGUCACAUAUCAGUUUGCAAACAAUGUAAAAAUAAAAUAAAUAAAAAAAUAUAUAUAUAACAUUGAGUUAAUAAAGCCACAUACAAACAUUG